AUGCAGUCUUUUCCCGCUAGGGAUCCGACCCUGAGCGACGAUGAGCACGAAGUUCUGCUCCCUUCCCACAGCGACGAUAACGAUGCGGCCGACCAGUCUCUUCCCCGCCGGCACCUCGGGCUUGUGUCGACGAUUUUUCUCAUUACGAAUCGUAUGAUUGGCACCGCGAUCUUCUCGACUCCCUCCGCCAUUGCCGGCAGCGUCGGAAGCGCAGGUGCCACUCUAGCUCUUUGGAUCGCGGGGCUAGCUCUGUCAUAUUGCGGCUUAUCGAUAUGGAUCGAGCUCGGGUCUUUGAUGCCUCGAAGUGGAGGAGAGAAGGUAUAUCUGGAGGCUGCUUAUCCCCACCCACAGAUGCUCAUCACGACUGUUUUUGCUGUGCAUGUUAUCUUCCUGGGAUUCACUGGUAACUACCCCAAUCGGCGGAAUGGCAGCUUACUAACAUGUGCAGGCAUCGGAAGUGUCGUCGUGGCCGAAAAUAUUCUGCUUGCCUUGCAUGGCUCGGCGAGUGACUGGGUAAAGAGAGUUAUCGCAAUCGCGGUUCUUGCGGUGAUAGCCACGAUACACAUCAGAUCUCGGACUAUGGGAGUCCGCAUUAUGAACGUACUGGCCUCUGUCAAGAUUUUGAUCCUCUUCCUGAUAAUCAUCUCUGGGCUCCGCGCUCUUCGCGGUGAUUUGCCUCGUAUUCCGGAUCCCGCCAGUAGCUUCCGAAGCCCAUUUGCUGGUUCUUCGACUGAAAUUUCGCACUACACAAACGCUCUCUUCAAGAUUCUAGCCACAUACCAGGGAUGGUCCAAUGCUGCGUAUGUGCUUGAUGAAGUGCAGAACCCCCGCCGAGUUCUCAAGAUAGCCGGAUUGCUGGGUGUUGGAACUGUCGGGCUUCUCUAUACCCUCGCAAACAUUGCCUACUUCAUCGUUGCAACGCCGGAAGAAAUCAGCAAGACGGGCGUAACAGUUGUGGCGUUGCUGAUCGGUAAGGUGUUUGGGGACACAAUGCUGUGGCUGACUGCUAUCCUCGCUGCUUUAUCGUCAUUUGGCAAUCUCAUGACCGCAUCCUUCUCAAUGUCGCGAGUAGUAAGGGAGUUUGCGAAAGAAGGACUCGUACCUUAUGCUCCGUUUUUUGCCGCGACCACCUCUUCCGGCUCGCCGUCCGGAGCGUUCCUUUUAGUUUUUCUUUCGCCAAUUCUCAUGAUCUUGUUUAUCCCAUUCGGGGAGGUGUACAACUUUCUACUCGACGUCGGACAAUACGCCGUUGCCAUCAUUAACAUCCUGGUCGUUAUUGGACUCUUUAUUAUCCGCAGGAAAACAGCACAUCAGCGCACGUUUCGCGCUUGGACCCCGGUCGUGUAUCUCUUUCUCGCCACGCAGGUAUAUUUGUUGGUCACACCAUUUGUGCCUGCCGCGGUGGUAGAGGAGAAGUCAUUGCCCUCUUGGCUAUAUGCGGCAAUGGCUAUUCUGGUGCUUUCUGGCGCUGGAAGCUAUUGGUUUUUGUCCUGGGUGGUUAUUCCUCACCAUGGAAGGUUUGUGUGGAGGGCGCGAAAGUCGAUUCUCUCCGAUGGCUCAUCGAUGGUAUCGUGGGACGAGGUAAAAGUCAGCUGA